AGCACGUGACGGCGGCGGAGGCGAAUGGAGGCGGAGCGAACGAGGCAGGCAGGCAGCAGCGCCAGAGGAGAGGAGCGAGGGGGAGGCAGAGCCAGGCAGAAGGCGAGGAGGAGGAGGGCUGUCGACGGAGGCGUCGGCUUUAAAGCCUCCCAGCCGGGCAGCAGCGGGAAGCAGCGCUGGUGGGCUCUCCGGCAAGGAAGCGAGGCAGGGCUGGGCUCCUUAGCAAUGAGCAGCAGCCGCCGCCGCCCGAUCAGCCUUGCGGGACCCCGCGGCCGCUCCUCGCCGAUUCCUCUCGCUGUCUCCGAGCAGUAGCAGCCCCGCCGCCGCCGCCGCCGCCGCAGCAUGUCCCGGCGCAAGAUCUCCUCGGAAUCCUUCAGCUCGCUCGGCUCGGACUACUUGGAGACCAGCCCGGAGGAGGAAAGCGAAUGCCCCGUGGCCAGGCUGUGCUGGAACGGGAGCCGGAGCCCCCCUUCCCAGUCGGGGGCCACCACCCCCGUCUCCGCCGCCGCGCCUCGGUUGGAAUUGGCGGCGGCUGCGGCGGGAGCAGCGGCAGCCUCAGCCUCCGCGGGCUCCAGGAGGGCACCUCGCCGGAGACGGGUCAACCUGGACUCCCUAGGCGAGAGCAUCAGCCGCCUCACCGCUCCCACGCCUCAGACCAUAAGGCAGACUCUCCAGAGGACCCUGCAGCACUAUGAGCAUCAAGUUAUUGGUUACAGGGAUGCUGAGAAGAACUUCCACAAUAUCUCUAACCGAUGCUCUUAUGCAGACCACUCUGGCGAUGAUGAAAUAGAAGAUGUCUCAGGAAUUCUCCAGUGUACAGCAAAUAUUCUUGGUUUGAAGUUUGAAGAACUACAAGAGAAAUUUGGGGCGGAAUUCUUCAAUAUCUGCUUUGAUGAGAAUGAGCGAGUCCUCCGAGCUGUGGGCGGCACCUUGCAAGAUUUCUUUAAUGGCUUUGACGCCUUGCUGGAGCACAUCAGGACUUCUUUUGGAAGGCAGGCCACUUUGGAAUCCCCUUCUUUCCUAUGCAAAGAGCUCCCUGAAGGCAAACUUAUGCUCCACUAUUUCCAUCCUCAUCAGAUUGUUGGCUUCGCCAUGGUGGGUAUGGUCAAGGCAGCGGCAAGGAAGAUCUACCAACUGGAAGUUGAAGUGGAGCAGAUUGUGAAUGAUAAACUCUGCUCCGAGGACUCCAACCCAGGCAACUGCAGCUGCCUCACAUUUCUUAUCAAAGAGCGUGAAAAUGCAAAUAUCACAAAAGCACUUCCUCUUGGGACGUCCCAGUCCCCCACAGACCUGAGAAUAAGCAUCAGUACGUUCUGCCGUGCUUUCCCUUUCCACCUGAUGUUUGAUCCCAGUAUGCUGGUGCUGCAGCUGGGAGAAGGACUAAGGAAGCAACUCAAGUGUGAUGCUUACAAGAUGAAGUUCCAAGACUGUUUUGAGAUCGUUUCUCCAAAGAUCGGCACCACGUUUGAACGAGUCCUCCUGAGGUUGUCUACGCCUUUUGUCAUUAGGACCAAACUUGAAGCAUCCUGUUCUGAAAAUAAAGACAAGGUGAUGGAGAUCAAAGGACAAAUGAUCUACGUUCCCGAAUCAAACUGCAUUUUGUUCUUGGGUUCCCCUUGUGUGGACAAGCUGGAUGAAUUGAUGGGCCGCGGCCUUCACCUUUCAGACAUACCUAUCCACGAUGCUACCCGUGAUGUCAUCCUCGUUGGGGAACAGGCCAAGGCCCAAGAUGGCUUGAAGAAGCGGAUGGACAAACUGAAGGCCACGUUAGAAAAAACGCACCAAGCUCUGGAAGAGGAGAAGAAGAAGACGGUGGAUCUCCUUGUCUCCAUCUUCCCAGAGGAAGUGGCUCAGCAGCUGUGGCAAGGAGAGCAAGUUCAGGCCAGGAAGUUUGAUGACGUCACCAUGCUCUUCUCGGACAUUGUGGGCUUCACGGCAGUCUGUGCCCAGUGCACCCCCAUGCAGGUGAUCAGUAUGCUCAACGAGCUCUACACACGUUUUGACCACCAGUGUGGAUUCCUGGAUAUCUAUAAGGUGGAAACAAUAGGCGAUGCAUACUGUGUUGCAGCAGGGCUCCACAGGCAGAACCUGAAUCACGCAAAGCCCAUAGCCCUGAUGGCCCUGAAGAUGAUGGAGCUGUCAGAGGAGGUGCUCACCCCAGAUGGAAGACCUAUUCAGAUGAGGAUAGGGAUUCACUCGGGAUCUGUUCUGGCUGGAGUUGUUGGUGUAAGAAUGCCCAGAUAUUGUCUCUUUGGCAACAACGUCACCCUCGCAAGCAAGUUUGAGUCAGGAAGCCAUCCACGUCGCGUCAAUGUCAGCCCGACAACGUACCAGCUUCUGAAAAAGGAAGAAAACUUUAUCUUCAUCCCUCGGUCCCGUGAAGAGCUUCCAGACAACUUUCCAAAGGAAAUCCCUGGGAUUUGUUAUUUCCUGGAGGUCAGAACUGGUCAGAAGCAGCCAAAGUCCUCCGUCACAUCUGCCAGAGUGCGAAAGAUUUCCUACAACAUUGGCACCAUGUUCCUCCGGGAAACAAGCCUAUGAGGCCCUCUGCAGAUCAAAGACUCAUCAAAAAAGCACAAGCCCAGAACUGGGUCAUGACAGGAGAGAGGAGAUUCUUUCUGUUUCACUGCAUUGUUCCAAGCAAGCAGUAAAGCUCCAUGAAAUGUCAGGCAAUAAUUCUUUUUAAAGGUGGGUGACUGCUGUCAAAUUGGUAAGGGGAGGGCACAGGGAUUAAAAAGAAAUCAAAUUAAACAAAAUACUUCUCCACUGCCACUGCUGCCGUUGGUCAUAAAUGUCAAUGUGGUAAAAAAAGAAAUCCUAAUUAAGUUGCUGUUCCACGAAGGGUUGAGUCUCCUUUAGAUGGUCAAUUGAAAUAAAUGGAGUGGUUGCUAAAGCGCUUCAUUCUGUUCAGAAAUUGGUGGAUGGUAUCUUUUGAGAGGUGUCAUGUCUCCAGGUGGCUUAAGCAUCCUUCAUCCAUGCCGAUAGAACUGUUGUAAGCCCCUUGGACAUGCACCUGUAAAAUGCAUGUAUGUCCCAGCAGCAGUACUUGAUGGGUUAUGCCCUAAAUUUACACCAGCUAAGCAGGCAAUUCUGAUCAUUAUGCAUUCAUACAAUUAAUCGUGUUAUUAAGUAAGAUUAAGAAUGGUUCUGUUUUGGUUUGUUUGGGGUUUUUUUUUUUUUUUUAAACAUGUCAUACAGAUACUGUAGAGAGUGGCUGACAUCCAGACUAAAACAAUGUGUUACUGCAAACACAUUGCACCUGUACAAGAAUGUUGUGCCUAGUAUUGUGCUGGUGCAGCAUGGUGUGCUUGCACAAUCUAUGGGAUGCCUCCUUCUGCGAAACCCAUUCCUCGGUCCAUAAAAGUUGCAGGGAAGGAUGCAAAGCUAUCCACUAUCCUUCUUGUGCUAGUACAAUGCUUACACAAGUAGACUGAGAACACAAGAGAUUGCACAACUUCAAGCAUUUGCUCAGCUGUGUGACCAACUUGAGCUUGUGCAUCCUUGUGUGUUGUGCUAGCACAGUGUUAGUCUGGAGAUCAACCAUUAUUUAUAACCUUCCUGGCAGGAGGAAUUGUAAUUCAGUGUAUAAUAUUGUAGGGAUUUUACCUAUUUUUUAUACAUUUCACUUUCUGGACAAUUAAUAUUCUACACACUGUAACAAACAUGUGGCUAGUCUCCUACUUUUAUGCCAUCUAUCUCGCUCAGAGCUAAUUCUUCUUCUUGUCAUUCAAUUGAUAAGAAAGGCCAUUUUGCUUGGGCUCUGCAAAAACCAUACUCUUGUAAAUUUUCUUGUUCUGACAAUUAGGUGUUUAUGUCUUGCAUAUCUAAAAUGAUGUUCAGUAUUUGCCCUGUUAAUCAUGUUUGUCCAUGCAUCAGAACAACGCAAGGAAAAACUGUGAUUACCAUUCUCAGUUACUGGUGCAUUGCUUUAAGUCAAUACUCUACAGCCUGGUCUGACCUGAGCCUCUGGUCACCCUUGGUAGAGCCCCAACUAUCUAACUGCUUAUGGGCUGUACAUGUCAAUCUUGUUAAUCGCGGUACCACUAUUUGCAGUUCCGUGUAUCCAUGGUCACCUAAUUGCUACCUAACCUCAUUAUCCACAGAUACAAAAGGGUUAAAACCCACGUAUCCGCAGUUUCAGGAUGGCUGGAAAUGAACUCGGAGGUCAUUUCAGGCUGCCAUUUUGUGAAGGGGGACCAUUUUGUGGCUCAUUUGGUUAAAAAAAGCAUCUUUUCCCAUAAUAUUUCAUGGGGAAAUGGGGCAUUUUGGAUGAGGAGGUGCAUUCCUGGACAGCUGGAGACCCAUGGAGCAUAGUAGGGCAUUUGAUUUUGCUUUCUCCCACUUUUUUGCUGUUUUUUUUGCCCAUUUCCCAGCCUCCAGGAACCUAACCACCCGCCACAUUCCCAUUGCCACAAUCCCCAUUAUCCACGGUUGUAGCGGAGAAUGGAACCCCUGCGGAUAACAGGAUUCACCUAUAUCAGGAGCCUUAUCAGAUAUGCUUGUGAAGCAACUGAUCUUCAUUGGGUAUGGUAUCAUAUCAUACCUGGAAAGCGGAUGGUUCAGCAUCAUGACCUCAUAGUGCUCUGUCCUCCCAGAUUGUCAUGAACCAUCAAGUAGGUAAAAGUGCAGCCCCUUGUACUGUGCAUUAAUUAAUCCAGAAUAUCUACCAUCAUUGGUUUUGUAUUUACAGUUAUGAACACCAGCUGACAUCCUGACUAAUGAAGCACUGAUGCAACGGGAGAAGCACUAGUGUAACACCAGUGCUUCUAAAGAGUUCCUGCAACAGUACUAUUGUGAGUGUGUGGGAUUCCAACUAUCCUCCCCUUUCCCUGGAAGCCCUUUGUGUAUCCCGAAAAUAUAUCCCUGAGGGCUGUUUGGCUCUUGGGGACAUGUUUGUAAGUAGCACAGAGUAAUUCCUGGGGAAAGGGAGAUCACUGAAAUUCCCUCCCACCGCUGAGCUAGCAGUGGAGCUGAGUUAGUUGAACUUUUCAGAAGCACCGAUGCUUCUCCCAUUGCAGUGCUUUGUUGGGAUGUCAGCCACUCAUUUGAUUCUCUAGUUAUGUCUGUUGUUGGAUUUUGAGAGAGGAGGGAAAGGACCAAAAAGUAAUAGAUUUGGUAUAUUGGUACAAGUCACUGCUUUACAAUUUAUCACAAUUUUUAAAAGUAGGCCACAAAAAUAAAUGUCAAACUCUGAAAUUUUGAAAUCCUGGUCUUACACUUCAGAAAUGUGGAUGAAUUUCAGAUCUGAAACUUGUGUCCCAGGUCUACCUCUUAUCAUUCCUUAACUAACCUGACAAAGUAUGACAGCAAUCAUAACACAUAAGUAGUCCACAUUAAGUGAUACUGAGUAUGUAUACCUAGGCUGUAAGAAGAUGGACUAUCCUAGAAUAGUACCAUCGAUUUUAACAGGACUACUUCAGAGUAAACAGUUUGAGGACUGUAGACUCAGUGAUCAUUGUUUUGAGCAGCGGGAACACUUGGUUUGCAUACUUAGGUCCUCUCAUGUCCAUUCUUUUCAUGCCCAUCAAUAAUUAGUAAUUUAUUUUUAUUUUUUUAAUGCAGUAUUUCUUUUGCAUUUUACAACAUUCACCUGGUUCUGUAUUAGCAACAUGUCAUACUUUUCUCUCAUGCCAAACCAAACCACAACAUGCUUUGCAGAAGAUGAAAACAUACAGUUGGUUCUCUUUUAAGUCAUAUGGCUUUUUAAAACUCAAGCAAAGGGCGAGAGUCUUACAUACUAACAAAUUCCAAAGAAGUUGUGGUGUCAAGCCUGUUACGGGGGGGGGGGCAAUAAAAAAUCUCAUGACACUUUAAAGACUCACAGAUUUCUUGUGGCAUAAGCUUUUGUGAACUAGAGCCCAGAGAGAGAGAGAGAGAGAGAGAGAGAGAGAACCUUAUACUGUAAAUGUGAGGCUCUACAUUGACUCACUGUUUGAAUGUACCAUUUAUAUUCUUUUUCUUUUUCUUUUAUUACAGUAAGAUUACAGUGAAUAAAUAUGAUCAAGGAUAAUAAUAAUGCAUGUGAAUAUAACUGAUAAAAAGGGGAGGGGGAGAAAAAGAAAAACCCUUUAAACAUAGCUUAAACAUAAUAAAAUAUUACCAAUGCAGGACAAAAAGAGUGGAAAUACAGGGGGGAAGUGUGUGUGUGUGUGUGUGUGUGUGUGUGUGCGCGCGCGUGUGUGUGUGUGUGUGUGUGUGUGUGUGUGUGUGUGUGUGUGUGUGUGUAAGGCUAACCAACCAAGGCUAACAUUUCACGCUUCUGAGUUAGUCUUUAAGUCUUUUUACACAAUGAAUCUGUGAGUCUUUAAGAAGCCAUAAGACUCUUUCUUGGGUUGCACAAUGUAAUUCAGCAGAAUUCCAGUGGAAGCUUGAUGACUUAUGCCUGAUAUCCUCCUUGAUACCUGAAUGUGAUGCUUAGAAGCAUAUUGUAUUUCUCUAGUAUUGUUUCCCUUGAGUUUUCUUGACAGUUAAGAGAUGGCUGGCAAAUCGCUUCCACAAUGAUACCUACAGUUGAAUGCUAAUUUGAACUGAACACUGCCUGUGUCUUACAGAUGAGCAGUCAGGUUCCUCUUUGUACAGCAGUUCUGAAGCUAAAAAGCCUACCAGAAAUUUAAGAUGAAGUCAGAGGUGAACAGGGGAGGGGUGUGGGGAUCUCUCCUUCACUGCAAAGAGUGGGCAGGUAUAAGAAUAUGACUGCUUCAUCUAGGAUACAUUCAUAUGUAGCAAUGAUUCGCAAAGGGUGAGCUGCAGACAGUUGUUGGACCUGCUUCCCAGCUUACUUGGUUCAGGCCACAUUGUGCUUUGAUUGGUCCGUAAGGAGGAUGGAUAAGGAUAGACUGACCCAGUCCAGCCUCAUCCCCAUUAAUGGAUGGGAGACUUAUUAAGACAUAUUGUGGUUCUGUGCUGAAUCUUAGUUGACUCAAUCUUUGUUAUGUUUGCGGCAGGGGGGAUGUCAUCUUGAUUUUAGGAGCUUCAGAAUGAAUGGGUUCAAACUUAACACAGAACCUGAGGUUCACAUAACUUCAUCCCACUACAUCCCCAUGUGAGUACCUACUUCCUUUAUAGGUUACAAUAUGCCAGAUUGUUUGCAUGUCCAAAACCAGCAAUCUCAGCAUAUUUUAACCUACUUGCUUCAGGAAAGUUGGUUUCAGAUCUGAAGCAAAUAGGUUAGAAUAUGCCAAGAUUUGUGGGUUCGGAUGUCAUGACCAAACUCGGCAAAUCCUAGCUUUCAAAGAAAGUAGGCAUGCAUGCAGGGGUUAGGAGGGGGAGUACAUGCUCCUCGAGCUGAGGGAGGUAGCAUGAACCUCGAGUUCUGUAUUGUCUGAACGCAACCUGUGCCAAAAUUUGAGAACCCCUGAUAAUGCACUGAAUCAUGUCACUUUAAAAGCCCUUUCUUGGAAACGUUGACCACUAGACAAAGAACCCUUUUAUGCCAAACUCCUAUUUGGAGGACUCGGCUAUCUGUCAGCUUGUGACUCCUUGCAAACUGAAGGGUACUAUUGUUCCUCGGGAGAAUGGUUGGCUCAACAAGAUCAAAUAAAGGGGAACCAGCAGAGAAGAUGUUCUGCCUACAUGAAGGGUGUUGUUGCUGGAAUCAGGCUCCCUAUCUGUUACACCACCACUUUUCAGAACAAGCUACCUUUGCCCAUGAAUCUAAGAUCAUUUAGAAUUAGAGGACCUGAAUUGCUGUCCACCAUGCACAAAGGCAAAUCUGGGCCAUACUGCCUUGGGCAUUCUCAAGUGUGAACCGCCUAGAGCCUUGGAGUCAGGCAAUAUAUAAAUGAAAUAAAUAAAUAAUAAAUAAAAAGUGAAAGCUUCUUGGCUGAAGCCUGCAGCCUGCUUUCAUACUGUGCAGGAUAGGAAGUAUUUCAUUGCCAAUGUCAAGGCUACACCUUUGUGUUACAUUGUGCUCCUGUAAUAUAGAGGAUAUCCCAUUUUGUUUAGAUUCUCACUUCCUUGGCAUAGCAGACCAGCUCUACAAGUUCUAUGUAUCUGUAUGCCUUCACCAUGCAAACUAGCAGUAUGUUAUACUGUUCUCAUGGACUUCUUGUAUGACAUUUGAGUCUGUAAGCUGGACUUGAGUCGUCAUGGAGACAACUUUAUUGUGGAAUAGCUUCAUUUCAAAUUUAACUGUCUUCUUUGGUUUCUCAGCACCUAGCUCCUGGCCUUCCAGCACACAUGCACAGAUUCACAACAAUGAAAACCAUUAUGAUUAUGGAAAUCAUUGGGACACUGGACACAAUCCACUGAGCCUUACUGCUCUGCAGUGGGAUUUGCAUGGACCUCCAGCUCAACCCCCAGUUAUAAAUGAGGGAUAUUGCACAGCAACAUUGCUUGGUGCAUUGUUCCCAUCGUUUUUUUGCCAGGUAGAGAGAUUAGGCAUACUAAUUUAUGUGAACAAUAGUGUCCAGAAGGUACAAGCAAUGUUCUGAAUGAAAAGGCCGAACCACCACUUAGGUGUCUUUUCAACCAGCUAAUUUAUAGGAAGAGAUGAAUUCAUAAUCACCGAGAUCAGUGCAAAACCUAAACAAUUGAUAUGAGCAUCUCCAUGGAGAUAAUGACUGUGUUUGCAAAUAAAUCAGCUUGCCACACACAAGAAAGAAUAGCUUCCCACUAAGAGCCUACAGAUAGUGCUUUUUUUAUAAGCAUGUGCAAAGGUGAGACAUCUUAAACAUCCAUAUCAAUUCAAACUACUGUGUUGCUUGCUUCCAUGUUAUGACAACUGAAAUUUCUUUGGAGGCAUAUUUCUAUAGUUUAUUGUGUUAUAAAAUCUUGAGUGUGUUGUUAGGUGUAUGUUUUAUGCUGCCAUAAUUUCCCAUUAUUUCAUAUCUGGUGUAAAAAAAAAAAAAGGUAUAGGCUCUUGCUAUAAAGUCAAGAAUGAUGUGGGUUGUUUUCUUUAGCUAAACAGAUGCCUGCAAUCAUAUGAAUCCAUUCCUCCUCUAUAGGGCUGUGUAAAACUGGGUAGGACAAGCAUCCUCCUCAGCUUUGGGAGCUGUACACACUCCUGAUUUUCAAUCAUGUGUGAGCAAACAACUAGGUAGGAGGUGGGAGAGUGGCCGUGCGUGAGAAAGGGGCUGUGUAGGGUAGCUUUUCCUUCUGCCUUGUUAAAAUGCUGGGUACAAGAGCUAGGUAAGACAGCAUCACCAGUGCAGUUCCUUUCUCACACCCGAUUGUACUCCCUUCCUCCUACCUAGUUGUUUGCUCACAUACACUCUGCUCCUGAAACUGAGUAGGACGCUUGCACUAUCCAGUUUUUGAUUGUGUGAAUAGCUCUAAUGUGCAGGACAUUAGAAAGGAGAGAAGAGCUGGUCUUGUGGUAGCAAGCAUGACUUGUCCCCUUAGCUAACCAGGGUCUGCCCUGGUUGCAUAUGAAUGGGAGACUAAUGUGAGCACUGGAAUGAAUGUGAGCACUGGAAGAUAUUCCCCUUAGUGGAUGGAGCUGCUCUGGGACGGGCAGAAGGAUUCAGGUUCCCUCCCUGGCUUCUCCAAGAUAGGGCUGAGAAAGAUUCCUACCUGCAACCUUGGAGGAGCCGCUGCCAGUCUGUGAAGACAAUAUUGAGCUAGAUAGAGCAGUGGUCUGACUCAGUGUAUGGCAGCUUCCUAUGUUCCUAUGACAUCCCAGAUUUGACAAAGUCAGGUUGCUACAUGUUGGAAGAUUGUGUAAGUUGAGAAGUCUGAGCAGACAGCAGUGAGGCAACAUUUCCAAAUGUAUCAUGGCCGCAGAAUGAAUGCAGAAUGGCUAUCGCACAGAGGGAUAUGCUGACAGGUCAUCUUAACAUCCUGGGUCAAAGGGCUCUGUAGGCAGCUUGUGGUGGCACCUGAAUGCUCUCUGGUUGGGGGGACAUCAUCCAGGCUCAAGAUUCUAGAUGGAUCAGGGUGGAUUGAGUGUUGGUGGAUGGCUCAUUAGUUUUACCCUUGGAUGUCAUUGGAUUAGAUGGUCAGUUGAUAUCUUCCAAUGCCAUGAUUCAGUGAGCUUAACUGAAAGUUGGUUGGGCACUUAAGCUAAAAUCUCUGCUUGGUGAAAGGAAUGCUUUGUAUGUGUUGAAGCAUAAGAAAGUGACGUGUUUGGUUUUUUCAGUUGCAUGUGAUAGCAGUGGCCAACAUCCUAAGGAAGUCCUUGCAGAAGGAAGUUGUGCUAGCACAAAGUUGUUGUUUUACUGCUAGUGAUGAGUGCCCCCAGCCUUCUGGUGAGUACUCAGCACCACAAAGUUCUACUCCCCAGAAGUCUCAUUUCUGGGAAGGUAAGAAAGAGUAGGAAGCCAUUUUGAGCAGUAGAAGAGGGCUCCCACUGUUUCUUGCCCUCUUUGUAUCCCCAUGCAAAUGAAAGAAGACCUGCUUCUCUCCUAAGCCCUCUGCCUGUGUCUCAACAAGGGUUUGGGGGACAAGAGGGGGUUAGUGAUAAGCACAAAUAAUGGCUGGCUACAAAUCCUGAAUCCUGGCUAUAGCGCAAGAGUGCAGUAGCACAAUUCCACAAGCCCCUGUUUUUAGUACGGCUGAUCUUCUUGUGCUGCUACCACAACUUCUAUGCAAGUUACACAUGUCAGCAGUACCAUAUCAGCCAGUACCAUGUGAUUUCCAUCUUUUCAAUACAACCAUAAGAGAUAGAUUUCUAUAGAACGUGCUAUACAGUAAUAGAAUGCUUUUGCUGCAUACACAUGAAAUAUAUAUCUUAGGAAGGGUUUAUAUAAUGGCUUAUUAUUCAUCAUUGUACAGGACUUCCAGCAUCUAAAAUGCUAUAUCAUCUUUAUCCUGACAACAGCCCUGUAAAAUGCUCUAGCCUGAGAGUCAUUGGCCACCCAGGUGCUUUCCAGAUUGCCCGCUCAACAGCGGUAAAAUGCUUUGGCGUUGGGCAGAGCACAUUGAAGCCGUAAAUAAAGGCUGUUAUGCAAAACCGCCUGCAGGCGGAGCAGUUGUGAAUGGAGAAAUACAACUAUUUAUUUGCGCCGCACAUGCAAUGUUAUAAGACUGUAAUGUGGCAAUAAAAUCUGAAAGAAGUCUUCAGAAUAUGAACAGCACCUUGCUGUCCGUGCAGGGACUGUGUUGUCACAACAUAGGAAGUACGGAAGCACACUUUGCAGAUCCGUAGUGACACUGUGGCAAGGGUUAACCUGGAAAGCGCCCCAAUGAGGUUCGUAUCUAAAGAGGGGUUUGAACCUUUGUCUAAACCCAAUAUUUCAGUUGCUCUACCAGAUGGGCUCCAAGUAUUUUCUGCUAAAUUAUUUCAAGUCUUCCUAACAAAAAUAUCUCCUCUAGCAGGUUUUAGAAAUAAACAUGACUCCUGUUGUGCCUUGACCCUUUUUUCAGGUACAUAGGAAGCUGCCUUAUACUGAAUCAAACCAUUGGUCCAUCUAGUAUCGUUUACACUGACUAGUAGAGGCACUCCAAGGUUUCUAGCAUGUACCUGCAGAUCCCAGGGAUUGGACCUGGAACCUUCUGCAUGCAAAACAGAUGCUCUACCACUGAGACACAGCCCCUAGGCAGUGUUCCCUCUAACAGGAAUUCCCAGAUGUGAUGGACUUGAACUCCCAUAAUCCUCAGCCAAAGGCCACUGCACCUGAGGAUGUUGGGAGUUGUAGUGAACAACAUCUGGGAAUCCCUGUUAGAGGGAACACUGCCUCUAGGGACUACUAGCUCGCACACAUUUAUUGCAUACCCUCAUCCCACUGACUAACAUAUUUAUUUAUUUGAUUUAUAUACCAGUUUUCAUUAAAAUAAUCUCAAAGCGGUUUACAGUAUAAUUAAAACAGUGCAUAAUUAAAAUACAGAAGUACAGAUUCAUUCAUUCAUUUAUUUAUUUAAUACAUUUCUAUACCGCCCGAAACGCAAGUUCUCUGGGUGGUUUACAAAACAAUAAAAGCAGCCAAUACAAGAUUAAAACAUUUCAACAAUUAAAAGGUAAAAGUUGAAACCAUUAAAACACAAUUAAAACAGUAUGUAAUUAAAAGCCUGGGUGAACAAAUGCGUCUUGACUGCCCUUUUAAAAGUUGUAAGAGAUGGGGAGGCUCUUAUGUCAGCAGGAAGUGUGUUCCAAAGCCUCGUGGCAGCAAUGGAGAAGACACAUCCCUGAGUAUGGGACGAGCUGGUAGCAACUGCAGACAAACCUCUCCAGAUGAUCUCAAUGGGUAGUGUGGUUCAUAGCAAAGAAGACGUUCUCUUAAAUACCCAGGGCCCAAGCGGUUUAGGGCUUUAUAGGUUACUAGUAGACAUGAAGCCCGUUACAUUAACGGGCGCUAGAAGAGUUGUGUAAAAAUGUUUGCAAGAACAGUCUUUCUUCAAGGGCAAGGUGGGACUGGGCCGAGUCGUGCUGUGUCUCCGGAGCCAUGAGCACGUCUCCACCAGGUUCAACCUGCCAUGUGGGGCUCCACCCUGCUUCUCCCCUUCUGACCCCCACCGGCCUUGGAGUACAAACCCUUUCCUCCUCCACCUUCAGGCCCGAACCUCGGCCCCAGAACCUGUUUCCUUUGCGGACUGCAGCUCAGCUUCUGUGUGGCUUUUAUGAUGGCUCGCAAGAGCAGGUGCUGAGCCCGGCGGCGGGCAGCGGCGAGGCGGUGUCGGAGGCGCUGUGCUGUGGGGCUUCACCCACCACCUGUCCUCAUCCGCCCUUUUCCGUCCCAGCCCUCUGUUCUGCUCCUCGGCUCCCUUCCCACCAUUUUCGGGAGCCCCGUCCUCCCCUUCCCUCAUCCUCCUCUUCCUUUGACCCUCCAAAGGGCAGCGGGGCUUCGCCCACCGCCCGUCCUCCUCCGUCAUCCUCCUCAGCUCCCUCCCUGCCAUUUUCGGGAGCCCCGUCCUCCUCUUCCCUCGUCCUCUGUUUUAGUUGUUGCCUUCGUUCCGGCUGUUACCGGGCAGCAUAUUAGAAUUCUUGCAGAAUCUCAUGAGAGUUCCAGUGCGCUACGCAUGCGCAGAACACCCGUAAGAGACACGGACGCAGGUACCUUAGGGUUUUAUUAUAUAGGAUAACCAAAACCUUGUACUCUGCCCAGAAACUUACCGGCAGCCAGUGUAGAUCUUUUAAGAUAGGAGUGAUAUGGUCUCUCCAAGAUGACCCAGAGACCAAUCUGGCUGCCAAUCUGGCAGAUAACAUAAAUAUAAGAUAAUAUCUAUUUAAAAAUUUAAAAACCCAUUAAAAACAAUAAUACAUAAAAAUGCAAAGAAGCAGCAGCAGUAAAAACAAUACUUCCAUUGAAAAACCUGGGUGAAGAACCACCAUGACUGCUGGGGAUGAUCGCAGUUGUAGUCCGACAACAUCACGGGACCAAGUUUGGGGACCCCCAUUUGAAAACAGUUUAAGACUGCAGUCUUGUGCACACUUACUCAGUGGGACUAACCUUUGAGUACACACACACAGGUUUGGGCUACUAGUGAUCCUGGCAGCUCAUUCCAGUGAUUUAAUCUGUAUUUACUGAAUCAUGUGGGUGGUAAAUAAUUCAAAUCGAAGGGUUUAAAGAUGAGCCACACACAUCACUCAGUAAUUAUGGAGUAAAUCAUUGUAAUGAGCUGCCAAGUUAAGUUGCAGAAUCUUUUUCCUUGGAGGAUUUUGAUAAAUUAUUGAAUAGGCAUCAAUUUGGAUGGUUUUAUAAAGCGGUGUUUUGUUAUGUUUUUUGUCUUAAGGCAUGGGCCUAAACUAGACCUACUGAGAGUCUUCCAACUCAAAUUCAUCUUUUUGCUUUCCUACUGUCUCAUGCCACUUAAUUGAUAUCCUGUCUAAUUUCACAAAGGCCAGCGGGGCUCAGGGAUUGCUCUGAUUUCUGUCUGUGUUCGUAAUUAAACAAUCUCAAGGAUGGGUCUGUGGGCUGCAUCUUCUCGAGAUAGUGCCAUCUGACAUUUUUGGCAGGUAAAAAGUAUGAUCUUCUGCCAUAAAUAUGGGGAAGGAAAAAUGCCAUGUUCCCACCUGCCACCUGUCUGUCUUGGGCCAAUGCCAUUAUUCCUGUGACCUACAGGUGUGUCAUAAUCACUCACAUAUUUGCAGAUCAUUUGGAAGCAUUCUAGUAGUUCCUCAUAACAUAUGGAGAAGUCAGCAACUCAACAAAGCUGUACCAUUAAACUUAACAACUAGUAAGUAAGUUCCAUUGGCUUACACACGAUGCACAUGAUACACAUGAGCAUCAUGCCCUCCAGCCCACUGCAAAUAUUUCACACACAAUAUUUACAGAGCUACAUACUUGCUAGUAGUUCAAUAAGCAAAAGGCAAGGAACUUAGGUUCCUUUCAGUUGGUCGCACAGUGUUAGAGAGACAUAAUGCUCAAUCCCGACAGUUGCUGCAGAUUCGUAAGGAAGCCUCAACACUGUUCAGAAGGAGGAGUUAGUUGUACAAGCAGCACUACUGCAGUUUUCAUCUGCAGUUAAAGCAGGUAACGCUGCUUGUGCAGCCACUGCUUCUGAACACUAUCAAGGCUGCCUUAUGAAUCUGCAGCAGCCCCAAGGCAGAAAGUUACAUCUCCAGAACACUCCAGAACACUAUGCAUCAAUGUUGAGAAUUUUCUCCCACGCUAUAGGCCCAUUCACACAUCAGCACUCGUGUGCACAGUGUACACAAAUACACAUCUGUACAUUAGUUAUUCCUAGAUAAAAGGGGGAAAGAAAAACUUCUGGCCAGGUACAUGUGGUAAGAGUGGACACUCCAGUGACCCUUCUUGACAAGUCUAACACAGUCCCUGCUCUCAGAGGUCUUAUGCUUCAUAUUGCAUUGUCGCUAUAUGGCAAAGAUCUAUGUAGAACCGACUUUUAUUAAUGUGAUCAGUAUGCAUCAUGCUUUCAUAGCCUAUAACACUGAACAAAUCUUAAACUUUUAGACUGGUCGGGUUAAGAUAAAUCAAUUGAUAAGGAACAAUUCCAUGCAUAGGGGGAUAGCAACUAGCUUAUGACUUAAGGUAGCAGGGUUGCCACUAGGGAUGUGCUGAAAUUCAAUUGGCUGUGCAAAUCAUGGGCACCUCUUUUUAAAAUUGAGGGCUUACACAGCCCCUUUAAAGUGGAGGAGAGGAAAUAUACAUUGAUGGGAUCUGAGCUGUCAGUGACUGAUCAAGAGAGGGAUCUUGGGAUCGUGGUGGACAGCUUGUUGAAAGUGUCGACUCAAUGUGUGGCAGCUGUGAAAAAGGCCAACUCCAUGCUAGGGAUCAUUAGGAAGGGGAUUGAAAAUAAAACAGCUAAUAUUAUAAUGCCUUUAUACAAAACCUGGAGUACUGUGUACAAUUCUGGUCACCACAUCUAAAAAAGGACAUUGUAGAACUGGGAAAGGUGCAGAAGAGGGCAAUCAAGAUGAUCAGGGGACUAGAGCACCUUCUUUAUGAGGCAAGGCUACAGCAUCUGGGGCUAUUUAGUUUAGAAAAAAGAUGACUGCGGGGAGACAUGAUAGAGGUCUAUAAAAUCAUGCAUGGUGUGGAGAAAGUGGAUAGAGAGAAAUUCUUCUCCCUCUCCCAUAACACUAGAACCAGGGGUCAUCCCAUGAAAUUGAUUGCCGGGAAAUUUAGGACCAGCAAAUGGAGGUAUUUUUUUCACACAACACAUAAGCUACUUGUGGAAUUCUCUGCCACAAGAUGUGGUGACAGCCAUCAACCUGGAUGGCUUUAAGAGGGACUUGGAGAACUUCAUGGAGGAGAGGUCUAUCAACAGCUACUAGUCGGAGGGCCACCUCCAGCCUCAAAGGUAGGAUGCCUCUGAGUAUCAGUUGCAAAGGAGUAACAGCAGGAGGGAGGGCAUGGCCUCAACUCCUGCCUGUGGAUUCUAGUGGCAUCUGGUAGGCCACUCUGUGAAACAGGAUGCUGGACUAGAUGGGCCUUGGGCCUGAUCCAGCAGGGCUGUUCUUCUGUAGGUCCAUAUCUGCUCUUCCGCUUGCUGCCAUUGCCACCAUCCUGACACUCCUCCAGCUAUGCCCACAUGCAGGCGGGGCAUCUCCUAGCCACCUCUGCACGGCACCGGCAUGCACAUGGCUUCUGUGUGUUUCAGCACAUCCUUAGUUGCCACAUUUGUAGAGGUGUAAAGGCCUAGGAAAAAAUAGGAAAAAACUUUUUCUCCAGGAGGGGGGAUGGAAAAAAACUGUUUCCUCCCCACCCCACGGCCCCCACCCCAAGACCGUCACAUGACUACACACCCUCAGCAGUGGAGCUUAGCAGCUCUUUCACACAUUUCCCCCUAUAGCGUUCUUUAGGAGAGAUUUCACAAAUAUGUGAAAUAAAUGUGAAAGUAACAAAACUGCUGAUGAGAAAUGAAAGCAACCUUAUUAAGUAUUUGUGUAGUCAAGAAUGAUUUCUUAAAGGUCAUUGUUUAAAGUUGGAUUUGGGACAUCCCACCCCCAUACUUGGUGUCCGCUAUUGCUGCCUUCAGCGGAUCUUUUGUUUUGUAGCCACUUAGGCCUGAAGAGAAGCACAAGAAAAAUGGGUAAAUUUCACUAAAGCAAUCUUCCUGCUCAAAUUCCAGGCUAUUUCAUAUCGAGGACAAUACUUUUCCUACAUCUUGGACAGGGCAUCUGAUUCCUGGACUGUCCAGGUCUAUAUCUUGGACAUUUGGCAACCCUAAAAGCUAGAUUAGACAAAUUCAUAGAGUACUGGUCUAUUAAUGACUGUUAGCCAUGAACUUCCAUGUUGAGAAUACCCUGCUGAAUACCAUCUUUGGGGAGGCAGUAGAGCAAAGACGGCUGUUGCUUUCACACCCUGCUUGUGGGGUUCAUGGAGAUCUCUGGUUGGUCACUGCAGGAAACAAGGUGCUAAACUCAAUGGACCUUUGGUCUGAUCCAGCAGGGCUCUUUUUAUGGAAAUCUCUGAUUCAAAUGGUCUGAAAUGACUGUCACGAAUACCCCAAAUGGUUGAUGUCCAUGUCAUCAACUCUGGUCUCAGUUCAGCCUUUAGGCAGCCAACUCACACCUUUGCCAGAGAUCUAGAUCAUAUAUGCCUCCUUGUUACUUAAUCAUAUUACAGAAGAGGGUAACAAAGUGUGUAAACUUCAAAAAGCCAAGUGAUCAUUUGCUAGGAGCAGUCUCCAAACUGAAUGUUCAGGCACUUAUCCACUGGAAGUUCAUACUGUAUUUGCAGAGUGUCUCACUUUGAAUUGUGUAUAUAUGCUUGAAAGAAUUAUUCCCUGGCAAUAAUGUGCAAGGAUGAAGCAAUAUAAAAAGCCAUGACCAUAUUGGUACAUGUAGGUACAUGUUCCAUUUUCUUUGUGUGUAUGGCAGCUUGCUGGUUAUAACCGGAUAACAGAUAUUACACUGUAUACUAGCAAUAAAGCAGCAAGUCAUGGGUCUAAGAAAUAACUUCUGUAGCACCAAAAGCAAUACGUGGCUUCUGAGAUGGAGCAAUGGCUAUGGACAACACCAUAGCAUUUAAUCUGUCUCAGCAUCCAUUUUGUGCCAGUGUAACCAAGUCAUUAUUUAUUUAUUUCCCAAUGCGCACCAUUUCAAGGUCUGAUUUUCUGGAAUGCAUUAACUACAAGGGCAUGGGCGCAACUUGAUAAAUGAAUGUGUUGUGUCAGCAAUUGCUUAAAAGCUGAGGAUGAGCAUAAAAAAGACAGAUCCUGUUGGACUAGUGGAGGUAGCUGCUGAUUUUGCUGAGAUUUAUAAUUGCAACUUUCCUGGAUUGAAAUGCAAGCAGGUUCCAGCUGUUAUUUUCUUUUUCAGCUGUAUUACCAAGCAUGGACCAAAAUGUAAAAUAUAUAACUAGAUCAGCCAAAUCUGGUCCAAAUUAACUGUCCUCUCAAAGCACUUGGAUGGCAGUUUUUGCCGUUUGGUUAACACAAGCUCUCUGUCUCUGUGCUGUUUAAUAUUUUUCUGGGUGAGUUUUAGAUGCCGGGGGAGAAGCUCCUUGUUAGCAGCAGGAAACAGGCAUCUUUAAUCUAAGCGUCUUAUUUGGAAUUAAGUUACUUUCAAGAAGCAUGAUGGUUUGAAGUGAUGGUAGGUUCCACAUACGGUAGUGAUGUGCUGUGUGUUAGAUUAUUAAAUGAUUGAAACAGCACUUUUACUUCUUGCAAACUGCUUUCCAAAUCUUAUCCCAAUUUAUCUUCACAGCAAAUGUGAGAGGUGUGUUAGGUAGAGAGAGAAGGGCUUGCCCAGAUGAAUUCUGUAGCUGAGUAUGGAUUUGAACUUGGGAUGUUGAUCCUCAGACUCUGUCCAUUGCCAACACAGAUUCCAUUCACAUUUCUGCCACUAAUUUGGCAUAAUUUUGGAUGGUGGUGCUGAUUGCUAGAUUAUUGACUACACUGAAACUGGCUGGUGAGGAAAGUGAAAUGGGAUUCUGUAACUAGGCAGACUGAUUGAGCAAUCUUUCCAUUCUGAUUGGUGUGCAUCUUUGUGCAAUGAAUUCAGAAGUAGAACAAACAAAAGGGAAUGGACUGGAGUGGAGUGGAAUUGCAAGAUCUGUCCCUGCAAGUAUUCACCUCCAUGCCUAAUAGCAGCUGCAGGGGGCAGGUUUUGUUUUGGGACUUCGGUUUAGUGUGAAAGAGUUUGUCUCCCCACAACCCAACCCCAGGACUGUGGUCCUGAUCCAAAUUUGGCCUCUGUAAAACUGCAUUUUGAAAAAGAAAAAAAUAUUGAGAGUUCAAAUCACAGAAUUCCCAAGUCAUAUCUUUGGCCCUCAGUGAGUGGAGCACAUUAGAUUUAUUUGGGGCCUGAGAAAGCGAACCCUUCAACUCUUUCCCAGUUCAAAAUGUUGAAGAUCCAGCUCCAGAUGGCAUUGACCUUUUGCACCAGUAACCCUAAUGACCACUAGGGGCAUUGGGUGUAGAGAUAGAUAGGGUCUCCUGUGACCUUCCUCUUCCUCUUCCCAGAAUGUUUCUAGCUCUCUCUGUGAGCACCAUGCUUCUAUAGGUCUCUCUCUGACCAACAUGUAGCCAACAUGUACGGUUAGAUAUAGAUCUUUUCCUAUCAUCAUGCACUUCUGAAUAAAGUAAUUAGUUUAACCUUAACCUCCAUGCUUAUCAUUUACAAGCUGUUACCCCUGAGACCCUGUUAACUUCUGCUGUAAUGGGAGUGAGUUAAGGAUGAUGGCCAUCCUCUCACCUUGCCAUCUCUGUUGGGCAGAGCCAUAUGUAGUCAGUGUCUCAAGUUAACAAUAUUGGCCCACAUGAUGCACAGUGUUGUGGCUUUGUAACAAUACACCCUGGGACUGCUGCAGAGCAGGCCCUGAUGCUACUCUGAAUGAGUGCUUGUGCUAGCUUUACUUCCACAGUUUUCCCCCAUUGUUCCCAGUAGCACUCGUACCCCUGGACUUCCCUCUGGAGGCCCCCAAAUCCUCUUUAGACUGUCCUGGGUGGAGUGGUCACUGCUGGCCUGCACUGUGCCGGAGGGCCGAGUGUUGUUAUGACCUGUGCUGGGUGCUUUAGAGACAGAGCGGGGAGUGAGGAAAGAAAUAUGUGGGAUGGGAAUAUGUUAAGUUGUGUGUUAAAAUGUUUCUGCUACUGCAGAUUUGCAUAAAUACACCUCACAUGUUUAAAAAAUUGUGUGUGUGUGUGUGUGUGUGUGUGUGUGUAGGGGGAUGAUGCUUAACUUGCAGUGGGAGGGGGGCCUUCAGUGGCGGGCAGAGGGCCUCCAAAGGCCUUUAGGUCCAGGCUGCAAAAUUACCUAAAUGCAGCUCUGAUUGUUCCAAAAAUAAAAUGUGUAUUAAAGUGUGUGUGUGUGUGUGUGUGUGUGUGUGUGUGUGUGUGUGUGUGUAUACACACCAUUCCAUUUAUCAGCAAUAUUUUCAUUCAACAAUACAAGAGUUUCAAACAUAAAGGCAAAAGCAGCUACUAAUGUCAAAACAAUCCAAAGUAAUAAUAUAAAAAGACAAUGUAGUUUCAAGAUAUUCCAAAUACCUAGUAAUAAUACUAUGACCAGGGGCGUAGCUAGGGGAGAGGGGGCCUGUGUUCAUCCCUCUCUCUGGCAGCCCCCCAGAGAGAGGGAGAUAAUGAAGAAAAUAGGGAGGGAGGGAUCUGGAGGGCCCUCAGGAGCUGGGGGCCCGUGUUCUUUGAACCCUUUCGCUCAAUUAUAGCUACGCCCCUGAUUAUGACCAUUUCAUUCAUAAACACAGUCCAAAGUUCAGAAACGUCAAUCAAUCCCCAGAAUAGAAACAUUUCAGUAAAUAACAAGGGAAGUAAUCUAUAGGAUUCUGUUUAUAGUCCCUCCCUAGGGGAGUGUGCAGAUCCUCACUGCGUGAAUCCAGUCAAGGGAAUGCUGAAUGCUUUGACAACAACAAAUUAGAUAUAUUUGGGAUCUAAGUAAUCAGAACUUGAAUAAGCAUCUGCUAAUAUGGCAAAUCUAAAUGGCAGCAUUUAAUUAAUUUAAAUGUUAAAUCAUAAGUUUAAAUCAUAAAUCAGAUAGCACAUUCUACAAUCCUACUAAUUUCCUCUUGAUGCUGGGCUUGGGGCCUGUUAAAUUACCUCUGGUGCCUGGCCUGAAAUGGAAAUUUAAUUAAACAAAAUAUUACAUUUCGGAACAUCCGUGAGACCCACAUGACCUAUUUGGGGGAGAUUCAUAGGUACCAUCUUACCUUCCUCAACCCCAAUAUCUCACCAGUAAUGGCAUUGCAAAAAUGUCUGAUAUGCUGUCACUUCCCUGCUUCCUAUAAAAGGCAGCCAGUCUUUCAGAGUACUGACCCCAUUUGCCAUGAGAAACAUCCUACCUGACAUGCAGUGUCAGUCAGUAGAUCUUCCCUUACCUUUGGAUAUAAGAGCUGCGUUAAAGGUAGUACACUAAAUCUUCUGCCCUCUCAGCUCUGUAAAUUCAAGACCAGAAAGAAGGAGUUUUCAAUCUUAGGUUUCUAGAUGUUGUUGGGCUACAACUCCCAUCAUCCCCUGCCACAAUUCUUAUAGUCCAACAACAUCUGGGGACCCAGGUCUGAGAACCCCUACCUUAAAGCAGAGUCUAAACUGUGCCCCUCUAAUAUACUAGAAGGCAGAGUUUGGAAACAAACUACUUUGUUUAGGCAAUUAGGGACUGGAAUAGAAAUAUUUUUAUUGGCAUAAAAUCAAAUUGCAUUUAAUCAUUCGAGUACUUUUUAAAUCAAGCACAACCUACACUUAAGAAGAAAAGGAUUUUGUGCUUCAGCUGCAGCAUUUCUGCUGAAAAUAAAAUUCAGUGAAAAUGGCUGCUAAUGAUGUUUUUUAUCUUGGCGGCCAAGGGAGGAUUUGUAAUGAUACCUUUCAACAUUUAGUAAUUAGAACACUGUUGCCUUAUUUUAAGAGAACUGCUCAUAAUUGGAAACAAACAGUGUGCCCUCUAGUGGUAUAAAUCUGUGGUCAAAGAUGUUAAAACAACUUAGAAGGAGCUCCACAAUCCUAAAUCCACUUACAAGGAAGUAAGUCCCAUUGAACUUGGUGGGAUCUCUGAAUAAGAAAGUAUGCCUAGGAGCAUGCUGCGAGUUUAGAAAGAACUGGUUUCAAAAUCCUGAGCCAGUGAAGAUUCAGGAUUUUCCAAUAGAAUGAGAAGCUCAAAAUAUUUGUAUUUAUAUAUGAUAUCUGUGCUAAGGAACUCCCAAAGUGGCUUAAGGCAAGGUAAAAACAAUCCCCAUGGAUUUAAGAGGAUUGCCUUCCUUGGAGGCCUUCAGGAGAGCCUUAAAGACUCAUCUUUUUAGCCUGGCUUUUAACGAUAUCUAGUUUUAAUUGUAAUUUUAACCAGCUUGUAAUUGUGUGUUUUUUAAAAAAUUAAUUAUUAUGUAUUUUUUAUUUUCGUGUAAAACCACCCUGAGCCACUUUAGGAAGGGAGGUAUAUAAAUUGAAUAAGUAAAUACAUAAUAAAUAACAAUUGGAGUUUCAGGGACCUGGAGGGCUUCACAGUGACUACUUGAGUGAACAUUAGAAACAAGUUAGGAUUACCUUCCACAAAGUAACAGAAUUUACAUCUACCAAAGAUUUCAGUUAUCUUGAACUGAAUGUCAGCUAACAGAAAUGAUGUUUAAAGCCCAUUGAUUUCAGAAGGAGGGUUAAGCAUACAUUUAAAUCUUUCCUAAAGAAGCCAAUGGGACUUUAAGGUGUGUGACUUCAGCUGGAUCAUGGCCUUGGUUCUUUAGCUAUGUUAGUAUAUAAUAGUAAUAAUAAUAAUAAUAUAAUAUAGUAUACUAGCUGGGCCAGGUGCAGAGCAUCUGUGCCUCUAGUUUGCCACCACUUCCCCCCACCCCCAUUUUCCCCCUACCCAUGCUGUUUUCCCCCAGCCCCGCCCUCCUGCUGCCACCUUUUCCCCCGCCCACCGCCACUCCCCCUCACCCACCCACCGCCACCAUCAUUGUUUUCUUCCCACCUGGCCUCCGCUGCCUUCUUCCACCUACCCACCUGCCCCUGCCAUUUUCUCUGCCCGCUGGCCGGCUGCCAACCCACCCGCCAGCACCAUUCACCACUGUCUUCCCCACCCCCACCGGACCCACAGCCCAGCUGCCACCGUCACCAUUUUCUUCCCUCCCACCCGUCCCCAUCGCUAUCCAGCAGCUGCUCGCGAACUCUCGCGAGAGCUGCCACAGAUGGGAUUAGCAGAUGGGUACACAGAUGGGUACACCUCAGAGAAAUAUAUAUAGAAAUAAUAAUGAUAUAAGCACUACAUAGUAAACAUACAAGCAAAUCAAUGGAGAAAUGUACAUUGACCAUGAAUUACUUGAAGGCAUCAGAAGAAGAAUAUGGAGGGAAACCUUAAUUACUCCCUGUAUGGGACCACAUAAAUCUGUGUCAUAUAUGUGCCAUAUGUAUAGACCAGGAGAUGAACUGACUGUGUGCAGUGAACAUUCUAGACAUGGCCUUAAAGCUUUAAUAUUUGAACCACUCUCUGUGAUAGCUGAAUGUAUUUUUCAUAGCCAUGACCCCUGCCCCUUUGAACUUCUGCAAGAUAAUUUGUGCUAGGGUUUAUUGUCUUCGCUUCCAACACCUUCUUUGCAUUAUAUUUUUUGUUGGUUGUUUGCAUUUUAUGCUUCAUGUUGUAGGAAGGGAGAAGCAGUCCAAAGUGCCACACACAAGAGAGAGAAGACAGACAUAUGAAGCUGCCUGAUACUGAGGGUUGAUUCAGACAUAAGGCAGAAUCUCAGUUAAAGCCAUGCUCCGCACGAUUUCUCUGAGCCUCUGGAGCUCAUGCUCCCCGUGCCAUCCCUGCAUGAGCAUCCACUCAGGUAUCAGUUGUGAUACCUGAACUCACCAAUCUCAGUUUAUUCUAGCCUGUUUACUCCAGAUAAGCUGAGAUCUGUACCCAAGGUUCAAUACAAGUUACAGAUCUCAGCUUAUUUGAAGUAAAAAUUCAUGGAGGACAGGUCUGUCAACGGCUACUAGUCUGGUGGCUGUGGGCCACCUCCAGCCUCAGAGGCACGAUGCCUCUCAGAACCAGUUGCAGGGGAGCAAUAGCAGGAGGGCAUGCACGUACCUCUUGUCUGUGGUCUCCCUAGAGGCAUCUGGUGGGCCACUGUGUGAAACAGGAUGCUGGACUAGAUAGGCCUUGGCUCUGUUCUUAUGUUCUUAAGUAGACUAGAAUAAAUCGAGAUGGGUGGGUUUGGAUGUCAUGACUGAUCUCAGUUUACUUUAAACUAGAGUAGAAGUGGACACUCAUAUGAGGAUGAGGGGUAAUCACACAUUUCUAAGGCAACAUCAGGGGCAUAACUAUAAUAGGGUAAGGGGAGACAGAUGUCUGGGGGCCCACUGCCUUGGCCCCCCCCCCAGAUCCAAGUCACAUGACUGACUUCCCCAGCCACGCACCCACCCAGGCUUCCUUUAGUUGUAUUUAUCCUCUGAAAUUGAUGUGAGUUUUAAGACCUGGAGCGCUCAGAACAGCAUGAGCUGAGCUUCAGUGAUAGCAAUAGCACUUACAUUUAUAUACCGCUCUAUAGCCGGAGCUCUCUAAGCGGUUUACAAUGAUUUUAGCAUAUUGCCCCCAACAUUCUGGGUACUCAUUUUGCCGACCUCGGAAGGAUGGAAGGCUGAGUCAACCUUGAGCCCCUGGUCAGGAUCGAACUUGUAACCUUCUGGUUACAGGGCGGCAGUUUUACCACUGCGCCACCAGGGCCGGGGGGGGGUGGCAUUUUAAAAUUUUGUCUCUGGGCCCACUCCAACCUUGAUACGCCCCUGGGCAACAUGCAGAGGCUGGAUUUAUCUGUGGUUCCAAGUGAUGUCUGAACCAGCCCAGUGUCAGACCUUUGGUCCAUCUAGCUGAGUAUUUUAUUUUCUGACCUCUAGCAGCUCUCUCAGAUCUUUGCCAGCCCUGGCUCCUUGACAUGAAAGGGACUGAACCUGGGGCCAUCUGUAUGUAAGGCAUGUACUCUGUCACUCUGAGCGAGAGCCCCUUCCCACAAGAUACACAUCACUUCCAUCUCAUUACACAAAACAGUGCUGAUGCUUGUCUGUGGAAAGGGACAGGUCACCUUUACAAGGCUCUUGGGACUUUUCGGCUUUUGAUGAUUUUCUCUAUCCCUCUUUCACUUACGUUUCAAGUAAGUCACCUUUUGCCAUUGUGAUGUCGGCUCUCAUCAAAUGGUGGGAAAGGAGGAGCAUUUCUCCUGCUUUGUGUGAAAAUCCAUGCCUCAGACAAGGAGGACAAAUGGAAGGUGACACCUGGAAACAAGGUUACUUCAGCAAGUGCUUGGAAAAGGUUUAUUGUGUAGAAAUACUCUGGCCCAACACAUUUCAGGUUAGAGUCAUUCUUCAGGGACUUCAGUCUAUUAGCAUAAAGCUGUCCCUGUACUGAAUAACUUGAGUUGGCCCCGCCAAAUAUGGUUGAGCCACAGUGUGGUUUUGUUUGUUUGUUUGUUUGUUUGUUUGUUUGUUUGUUUGUUUGUUUGUUUGUUUCUUGCUAGCACUUAUUGAGGCCCUCUCCUUUCUUGUUUCCUCAUAAAAGAAGAGCAGACUCCUUUACCAAAUCUGUGAAGAGUGAUUUGCUCAGAGAGGCUAGAGCAGGGGUGGACAAGCUUGGCCCUCCAGCUGUUGUUGAACUACAACUCCCAUCAUCCUCAGCCAAAUAAAUGGUGGCUGGAGAUGGUGGGAUUUGUAGUUCAACAGCUGGAGGGCAUUGCCUGCUCAUGUGCUUGAUUUUUCAUACUGCAAGGGGGAUUAGGUGGUGUUUGGAUGCAUGCACUGCCCAUCCAAACAGCACAGACUGUAGGGUGCUCAGUGCUGGUUGUGCCCAACCAGCAACCUCGUCAGAGCUAGCUGCAGCACCUGGACACACAAUGUACCAUCACAGGCACAAAUCAGCAUUGGGCUCCCUCACAUACUGGUUUUCUUUGUAUACAGAGGCUCUAUUUGCAGUAUGAAGCAACGUGAAGAGCUACCAAUGCAGGCCUGCACUUCAAAAAGCCAAGGCAGAAUUCCAUAACUGUUGUGCUGGUGGCAGCCAUUUUUAUUUCCACACACAGAGCAGCGGCUCCUGCAGCAGGCCCUGUUCCUUUACAGUUUGCUUCUGAGAGCUUCAGUUUUAUUUCUAAACAAAACACGUUUGAGCUUCCCUUGUAAUAACUCCUUUGGUAUAUGUUGUGAUACGUCACUUGGCUUCCAAAGUGAAACCUCUGCUUCAGCGUUCCAUAUGUGUGUGUGCGUGUGUGUGUUACAAUAAGGUGUUUUUCCUUUGUCCUGAAGAACUUUACUUGUGUGUUGCCAUAUUAGAAGCCUAAGGUACUCUUAUAAAGAAAGCAAUAUAUACUCUACAUCUUCUCACUCAACGCCUCCAUAGCUGCAAGCUACUUAUUCUCAUAAAUGUUUAUAAAGAGGAUGCAGGUUUUUAAUAUUACUCACUGGACCAAGCAAAACCACCUUGCUUCUCCAAAUAUUCAUAUGAUAACAAUAACUUCAGCAGAUAUUUCUUCCACUCCCAUUUUUUCUAACCCUUGACCAAUCUGUCACAUUUUAUAAUCUUGCUGUCGAGAAAAAAAAGGUUUUUAAAGAGAAAAAAGAAAAUUAAUGAGCUAUUUCUUGUGUGACCUUGCCACAGUACCUGAUUCAUAAAAAAAACCCAUACACAUUAAUCCAGCAUCUCCGUUCAGUACUUUAUUAGCGCUGUUCAGAUUGCUAAAGUCUUGGUAACUUUGCUUAUAUAAGGACUCAGGGAUAUGGGUAUUUAUUCAAGUUGUUCUCAAAUUCUUGAGUCAUUACAGUGAGUGGUUGUGUUUUCUGCCAUUUUCCUCUCACUUUGGCUGUAAGCAUGUAGACCUUUUCCAGUGUUGAAAUCGAGACAAUCAAGGGGAACAGUGAGGAGGGGGCCUGGAUUCCCCACCCUCCAUUUCCCCUGCCAAACAGCUGAUUAGUAGGAUAUCAGCUUCUCCCCCAAAUUUCUGCUACAUGCACACAACCUUGGUUGUUCCACAAGCACUCAGCUGAAUCAGAGCCUUGGGUCUUCUUAUAACUAGAACGUACACGUUACAAUUGAAAGGCACAUGUAUUUUCACCUAGAAUGCCCCCUACCUCUACUCCCUCUGUUUUUUCUUGAGUCAGUUUUAAUGCUACUGAAUUUGUAUAGGUCGCAGGGUAAUCAUAACAUGGACUGCCAUGUCAAUGAAUGAAUAAAUUCAAAGGAGAAAUAGGAUGGAACUCAAGUUCUCCAUGGGCCUCUAGGGAGGAAGAAACCAUGUGUAUUUCUAUUUCCUCUCCCCACCCACCCAAAAAAGUGUCACUUUCUCAAAAAUCCAGCAUUUGGCUUGCCAAAAUAAACAUUGCACCAUCAGCCCCCUUUGAUACAAACACUUACAUGUGUAUAUCUUUAAAUCAUGUGAGUAAUCCUACCAGAGCAGAAUGCUCAUCCAAAAACAAUAGAGCUGUGUUUCAAGUCAGUCUCUCAAUGGCAUUCACUGACCAACUAUACUUGUGUGAUCUAUUGUCUUCAUUCCUCUCCAGCAGUGUAACCUGCCCUUGAAUUGUCUUUGGAGAAACAUCAGUGAAGGUCGAUCAGGGCCAUGGGGAUAAGAAGAUUUCUGUUGCAAUGGUAUUUUCAGUAUCUGACCAAAAAUCAGUGAGGGUGUGUGUUUAUUGUAAAAUGCUGUUUCUCAAGGAAAGGGUUGGAGUCUGCUUUGACGUAGAAUUGUCACUGCAUUUCAUUCUUCUUAGCUGAGCAUAAUUUAAAGAACUUUUUAAACAUAAAGAUUGAAAUAAAGCUCCAUGUGCUCCAAAUGUGAAUGGGGUCACCUCCAUAUUCAGGAGUCCCACGUGCUGCUCCAAUGCAGGGCUUUGGGUUGGGGCACAUGGCGGGGACAAUGGCUUCCUUUCACUUGAUACUGUAGUGAUAACCUUUUUCACAGUGAUGUGAAACAUUUGUGCUCCUGUCCAAAGUUCCAUGGGCCUCUGGAGGCACAUGUGGGGCACAAACCGCCCAAAGUCAAGUGCUUUUGCAGCACUGCCUUAAGCAUUUUUACUCAGAGUCCUACUUUGUUCUAUGGGACUGAUUACAUAGUAAGUGUGUUGAGGACUGCAGCCUUAAUUAACAUUGAUUUCAAUGGGUAAUAUUUAAAAGGCCUGUGCUAUUGGGAGCAUUGGGACUUGGGAUAGUGCCAUCCACUCCACCCAAUUGUGGGACAAUUCCAUAGGUAGUAUGGGGGAGGGUGUUUCUUUAAAUCCUGACCUAGCACUGAUGUGAAGAAAGCUGGCCGGAUGGGGAGAAUACCAGGAGCAUCUGUGGAGAGGAUGGAGAGUCACACAGGGGAGGCUGGGAACGAGCGUGGGGAGGUUGGGAAUGGGCAUGAGGGAUGCUUGGGAACUGUAGUUCUUCCAGAGCUUUCCCCUGCAUGUUCCCCCAGCCUCCCCUGUGUAACUCCUCACCCUCCCCAUGAAUACUCCCCACCCACCCAGCCUUCCCCAUGCCUGUGCUGAGUUGGGAUUUAAAGAACCCCACUGCCACCACCGUACUACCUGGGGGCAAUUGCUCUGAAAUCGGCUGCUUCCCCAUGGUUGAGGGGAGGCAAUGGUGCUAUUGGGAGCUCCAGUCCUCCCAAUAGCACAUCCUUGACCCUUUCAUUAAAAUCUACGGGAGCAAAAGGGGCUUAAAUUUAGUCAGCUUGUUCCCACAGAGUUCUGUGUGAGCAAGGGCAUGGACUUUAAAGGUGGAGAAAGUGCCACAUGUGGAUCCCAGCUGAAAUGGAUGGGUUCACUCUUGUUCACAUAGAAUUCCAUGUGUGCCGUGGAGCCCCCGAGUCUGCACUGGAGCUGCUGGAUUGUGGCCAUUUUUGGUUCUGCUUUGCCUAUCGAUUCUGAAAUGCCACAAUUUCUAGUGGAAUGGAGCAUCCUCUUUUACAACAGCUCUAAUAAUUAUUUGUCAAAAAGAGAUGAUCCACGUGUUUCUGCUCUGUUAAAUUUUAUACAUGUUCAUAUAUUAUAUAUAUAUUAUAUAUACAUAUGCAUAUAUUUUAUGAAUCAGGUCUGUGAUUUUUACUAUUCUGAGCAAUUUGAUGCAUUUUCAUAGGACCAUUCUCUCUUAUUUAGUUGGCAAUGUAAAUAAUAUUGUACAUCUGCUAUUUUAUUAUACCGAUAUGCCAUGUGAAUUACUUCUUCUGAAAUUAUUCUUGAUAUAUCAUACAGCAAUUGCAAUGCCAUCAUUCCACAUUGCUUCCAUAUACAAAUGUAUCUAUAUGGCAUGUGUUUCAAUGGCUUAUACCAUACUUUGCAACAUCUGAAAUAUAUAAUUUUUGUUUUCUCAACGAAAUAUGCCUCUCAAAUAUGUACAGUUCAAAAUAAUUUUUAUGUGAUUAUUUCUGCUCUCCACCCCGCUCCUCUUUUUCUUUUGAGGGAAAACUUGUCCCUUCUCUUUCAGUUCAGACAACCAGUAUUUCCUGUCAGCAGUUAAUAAAAUAUGAGGGACAACCUCAGUAGCAAUUCCAGAUUGGAAUUAUCCAUAUUAAUCUCUAAGCAUUCAUCUGAGAAGCAAUGCAGCAAGUUCCACUGGAAAACAGUGUCCAUGCUUUCAGUGGGGCUUGUAAGAUCACACAAACCCUGUUGAAGGCAACUGCUCUGAUCCAGCAAUUGAGGUCAUUCACACAAUCAAAAACUGUGUCCUACCUGGGUUUGGGAGCUAUGUGUGCUCCCAAUUUUUGGUUGUGUGGUAAGAAGAAAACCUAGAUUGAAGUGAUUAUGUUGUUUCAACUAGUCCAGAAUGCAGCAGCCUUCCUCCUCAUAGGUGGCAAUAGAUUUGGUAGUGUUACACCUCUUUUAUGGCCGCUGCACUGGUUGCCUGUUAGUUUCCAGGUCCAGUUUAAAGUGCUGAUUCUCACCUAGAAAAACCCUUGGGUUUAGCACCUGUAUAUCUAAGCAGUCACCACUCUCAGCCAGUUGUUUCCCAUCCUGUGAGGUCUUCUCUCAGUUGGCCCUCCUUAGUGCCCUGGGCCCUUUAUUUUUUUUUAUUAUUGCUAUUGUUAUUGUUCACUGCCUAGAAUCUUUGGAGGAGGCAGUAUACAAUAAAUAUUAAAGAAAGAAAGAAAGAAAGAAAGAAAGAAAGAAAGAAAGAAAGAAAGAAAGAAAGAAAGAAAGAAAGAAAGGUAGGAUGAAAACCUGGGUAGCUUUUCCUCCAACCUUACAUAGGAACAUAGGAAGCUGCCAUAUACUGAGUCAGACCAUUGGUCCAUCUAGCUCAGUACUGUCUGCACAGACAGACAGCAUCUUCUCCAAGGUUGCAGGCAGGAAUCUCUCUCAGGCCUAUCUUGGAGAUGCCAGGGAGGGAACUUGGAACCUAGAUGCUCUUCCCAGAGCAGCUCCAUUUCUUAAGGGGAAUAUCUUACAAUGCUCACACAUGUAGUCUCCCAUUUAUAUGCAACCAGGGUGGACCCUGCUUAGCUAAGGGAACAAGUUGUGCUUGCUACCACAAGACCAGCUCUCCUCCUUCCACACAAUUACUUCUACCCAGGUUUUACUUCCACCUUGCUUCCACACAGCCAAAAAUUGGGUGCACUCACAACUCCCAAACCUGGGUAGAACACAGUUUUUGCUUGUAUGAAUGAACUCAGAGUGACUCAUGUACAGAAACAAGCUUCCAUGCUAGUCUAUGAGCCAGAUCCACACAUUUUAGCCAUCAGUACCAUUUCAGGGGACAAAUGUUCAUAGUGACUUUUGGCAACAUCCACCCCCACUUCCCCAGCAAUGGAAAAUAGGUGAUAGCAUUGCUGCACCUACAGCUUUCUGUGUAGUCACCCCUCCUUUAUCCCAGCCGCCAAACUAUUAGGGUAAAAUUGCCAUCAUUUUUGCACCAAGACAAAGGUUAGGAUAGGGUUAUCUUUGGAGGACAUUCCUGCCAGUUUUCAUUUCCAUUCCUCUGGCAUUGAUAAGAUUUUAUAGUAGUUGUUGAAGCUCUUCUCACAAAUGUGGGGAGAGUGGGUUAACUCACCCCUCCCCACAGAUGAUCACCGAGCCGUCCCUGGCCACACACAGUUACCAGCUCCAUCACUGAGCCGGUUGGGGCAACAUGGAUCGGGGGCCACGCGGCCCCUGGAAGUCCUUGUGUGUCAUCACAGCACGGAGCCGGGUGGUGAUGGCACACGGUCAGAAAACCCACAUUAGCGGACCGCUCACUCCGCUAACCUUGGUUACGGGAAGGGCUACUUUUGUGGGCUAGCCGCCAGAGAGACACUGGGCUUGCCCACAAGCCAGUGGUUCUCACAAUGGGGGGGAAACUGCGCAGUUUCCCCCCAUUGUGACAAUAGCCUCGUUGUGUUUUUAAGCUUUGAAAACACCAUUGCAAAUUUGGUCGCUGCACACCCAACUGUCAGGGCAAACAUGAUAACACACUGAAAGCUGAAAUUAUUACAAUGCUAUCACCUAUUUCCCAUCUCUAGAGAUGUAAACCUUGUCAAAAAUUACAAUGAACAUUCAUCCCCCCAGAUGGUACUGAGCACCCCAGCUGGCUCAUGUAUUAGUCCCCUUCAAGAUUUGUCCCUGCACGUACAAGUGGAUACUUCAUGAGAGAUAUAUUUUUAAAGCAUCUGUGACAGUGUGCAUGCAUGGUGCCCUUUAUGGAAUUGCUGACCUCAUGCACAUUUACCAAACAAAUGGUCAGCACUGCCAUCUCUAAGGUUAGAAAUGCAUGUUAUGCAUGACACAACGAUGCCGCUGAAACUGGUAUCUCGGUAUUGAGUGUUCCCCCUUAACAUGGAGGAUACCUGGACAAUGAUACCUGGACGAUGUCACAGCAUAGGGUAAGUGAUCCUACCCAUUAUUGGGAAGGACAGAAGUUUACAUGGGGAGGCUUUUUUUUUUUUUUUUUGGUAAUAACCACAAGUCAAGCUAAGAUCAUUCUGCCAUAAGGGCUAUACUGGGCACAACAAUGGAAAUCUGUGAUCUUUCAACUCCCCCGCCCCCAAAGAAGUUGCAAGAGAUCUCCAGUUAGAUUGGGAUGGUGGUCAGUGUUCCCUCUAAGGCAUAUGCUUGUGUGCACACUCACACAUUUUUUGAUGUCCACUCAGUUAAUUUUAGAUCCCACUCAGGCUGAAUCAGGAAGGUCCCAUUCUGAGUGCACGUGCACACACACUGCUUUGAAACUGCCACCCAGAACAAAACUUAUUCUGCACAAAGAUGAAAAAAUCAGAAAAAAAUACUGAUGGUGGUCCUGGUGAAAGUGUUUAGUUAAACCUUUCACCUGCACCAUUUUCUGAUGUAAAUUCACUUCUCAAGAUGCUAUUUAUUAACCCCAUUAAGAAAAAAACCAUAUUUUUCCUCUGAACAGGGUGACUAUCAGGAAAAUGGUGGUCAUGGAGGAUUAAUCCUCCCUCCGCCAAGGCCACAUCGCAAACUAAUCCUGCCCCACAAUGCUUUUUAAUAAAAGCUUUAAAGAGACAGGAGAUCCGAUCAUGGAUCACCAAGGUCUUGUCAGAUUUGGCCCUGACGAUUCUCUUUCUGGGAUUUGAGAGGACCAUUUUCAGUCAAUCUUUUCUUCCCACCGACAUCAUCAAAAGGUGGCCAUCACUGUCAAAUCUCUUGGCACUGAUCAUUGGUUUGGCAGGGAAAGGUGAACAGAAGGAUCUCUGCAUCAGACUGACAGAAGACAUACAACAGCAUUAUAUGCUGGACCGUGCCAUAAUCAAAACAUCUCUUGCUUUUCAUGCUUUUCAUGCAACAAAAGCCUUCUAAUCACUUUUGUAUAUUUGUGUGUGUGUGUGUCAUACAUAGUGUAAAUAGCAUGGUUCAUUAUGCAAAAAUUUCUAGAUCACCAACUUGAGAACAAGAUGAAUUUGUAUAUGAAGAAAAUCAAGACAUCGACAGUAAAUCUGGAUGAUAAAAAAGUUAUUAUGACUGUUGUGUGUUCUAUUUAUACUGUCCAUAUCCCAGUUUUAUGUUUUAAAGGGAAAAAUUCAUUUUCUUUGCCCUUGAAUGUCUGAUCAAUUAUUUAAACUAUAUUUACAUCAAUAAAUCUUAUGACAAACCUA